UGCAGCGCAGGCGAGACAGGCAGUGCAAGGAGAUCUCUGUCCUGUCUGUGAGUUUUCCAGCUAAUGGCCUCGACUCUUUUUUUGACUGACCUCUUUUAGUCUCAGGUUUGCCAGCUUCUUUUCUCACUGUUGCGGCUAAGAAGGGGGCCAGCCAACGCAUUGUGAGCCACAGAGGAGAGGUGAACGCUUUUGGAAUUCUUUGGUUGCAAAAACUUUUGGCAGCACUCUUCUAGCAUGUUGCUCUGAAGCACUGCUGUGGGACCAGACAGUGCUCAAGAGGAGGAGGAGGAGGAACAGCUACCCAGCAGCUCUGGUUUCCAAUCUCUGCAGCACCCUUUGUGAAUGACAAUUCGUUUUGAGCGCAGGACAGCUGGGGAGGGUGGGGAGUGGGGAAGGAUGAGCGCAAACAGACCCUCUUGGGACCAGGCUGUUCUCCAGCCUCCAGUGUGUGAUGCCUGGAAGGAGACUAUGGAGGAAGCAGCCUACCAGCUGGCCAGCUGCAUUGUCCUCCUGGGUUACAUGGGGGGAAGUGGCAUCUUUGGGUCCCUCUAUAUCUUUGGCCUCCUGGCCCCAGGUUACUUCUGCUAUGCUCUGUGGGGCUGGCUAAGCGCUUGUGGGUUGGAUAUCUUCAUCUGGAACAUACUGCUGGUCUUCGCCUGCUUGCUUCAGCUAGCUCACCUGGCUUACCGGCUCCGUAGAAACACCAUCCCAGAAGAGUUUGACCUCCUCUACAAGACCAUGUACCUGCCCUUGCAGGUGCCCCUGGAAGUGUACAAAGAGAUUGUGAAGUGCUGUGAAGAGCCAGUCCAGUCACUAGUCAGAGAACAGAAUUAUGCAGUGGAGGGCAAGACGCCCAUUGACCGCCUCUCAUUGCUGCUGUCUGGCAGGAUCCGAGUGUGCCAGGAUGGACAAUUCCUUCAUUACAUCUUUCCAUACCAGUUCCUGGACUCUCCAGAAUGGGAGUCACUGCGACCCUCUGAGGAAGGAACUUUCCAGGUCACGCUGACAGCUGAGACUGAUUGCAGCUACAUCACCUGGCCGAGGAAGAAGUUGUAUCUCCUCCUGAGGAAGGACCGCUACAUCGCCCGGCUCUUCUCCUCCCAUCUGGGCUAUGACAUCUCAGAGAAGCUCUAUUCCCUCAAUGAGAAGCUCUUUGCCAAGUUUGGCCUUCGCUUCGACAUCCGCUUGCCCAGCCUCUACCAUGUCCUUGGGCCAGCCUCCUCCGAGGGGGAGUCAGGGGACUGUGAGGAGCUGCUGCCUGGCUCUGGCCAGGCAAGCAUGUCUGAGCCGCCACUGCAGCUGCCACCACCACCACCACUGGCUCUGCGCCCCCAGGCUUCCCGACCUGACAGUGACCUGCUCGGUGAGGACUCCACCAGUCUUGUCUUGGAAGAUUUUGCUGAGUUGCCGGGGUCUUUUAUGGACUAUGUGAGCGAAGGGGAGUAUAUGAAGUGAGGGCACUCCUGGCACGGGCACACCUCACCCUGUGUGGGACCCUUGCAUCCAAAGCAAAUACUGCUCAGAGAAAUCUGGAUGGCAUCCUGUGCUUUGCACUGACACCAUCAGGAAUGUAUUGUCAUCUGCUCCGGG